UGACGGCACUUUCAGUAAGUCGGUAUUGUAGCGUAUGCGUAUGCUGUCGCUGUCAGUAAUUUUAGUUGCAUUGUAUGGAACGUUUUCGUAAAAGGAAAGAGAUGUGUAACAUUUAAACAAAAUUUCAUGGAAGUUUUCUUAGGAUAGACGAGCUAAUGGGCGUGCUUAUAGAAAAUCGCACUUAAUACGCUGCUGCUGUUAAAAUGUCGUAUAAAAUCGGGCAACGAGUUGAAGUCCCUGGCAAGGACUGUCAAGGAGUAAUAGCUUAUAUUGGUUAUCCAAGUUUCGCUUCGGGAAAAUGGAUUGGAGUUAUACUUGAUGAACCAAAAGGAAAAAACAACGGUACUAUUAGGGGUCAGCCAUACUUUAAAUGCCCAGAAAAUCAUGGAAUGUUUGUACGGCAAUCACAGCUUGUUUUACUGGAUGAAACAGGUAAUAGGACAGAACCUGUUAGCCCAUCUUCAGCAGGCAGCAGUGCCACAACUCCAGAUGAGGCCAGUGUUGCAAGAGCCAGAAGUCGGUUAAAUAGUACACCUCGAAGGAAUGAACCCACUGCAGUACGGAGAAAAACAUCUCUUGCGCAUGUUACCCGGCAGCAAUCUGACAAGCUCUCUGGCUCACGAUUAUCACUGGCUGGCAGUAGAACACUUUUAAGUGCUCCAAGUACAGAAAGUUUGUCUGGAUCACAACAUGAGCGCAAAGAUGGUGGGGAAUCACUCAUACCAGCACCGACCUCCACCAAAAGAGCAUCAUUUAUUGAGAAGUCCCCUAGCACGAGCUCGCCUCCCGGCAAAAAGCCAAAGGCCCAAGAUGAUCACAAUAAUACAGGUUUUGUGGAGACUCUGAAACCACAGUUCGUACCUGGUCAGGUAAUGGCAGGCUCUGCAGCAGCUGCAAAUGUGGUAGAAGAGAAACUUACACAUUUGCAGCUUCAACAAGAGAAUGAAAAUCUGAAAUCACAAGUUCGUGACCUCACCGAAAAAGUUGAGACUUUGAGGGUGAAAAGAAUGCAAGAUAAGGAGCGAAUGAAGGACUUUGAGAAAACAAAACUUCAACUUGAUCAGCUUGUGGAAUUCAAAACAAAAGUUAUGGAAAGUCAAGCUGGUCUUCAAAGAGAACUUCAACGAGCACGCCAAGAAGCAAGAGAAGCGCACGCAGCUCGAGAACAAUUCCAAGAAGAAAUGGCAGACCUCGCGGAGACCGUAGAAAUGGCUACAUUAGACAAAGAGAUGGCCGAAGAGAAGGCUGAGACUUUACAAAUUGAAUUGGAGCAGCUCAAGGAGAUGGUCGAAGAACAAACGCUAGACUUGGAAAUACUACGAACAGAAAUGUCUGAAAGAUCUGCUGGAGGUGGUACAACCACAGGAACUACGAGCUAUGAGAUAAAACAAUUGGAACAGCAAAAUAAUAGAUUGCGGGAAACUCUUGUUAGAAUGCGCGAUUUGUCUGCUCAUGAGAAACACGAAUUCCAGAAGCUUCAAAAGGACCUGGAUCAAAAGAAAUCUGAGAUACUGGAAUUGGGACGCACAAAGGAGAAAUUAUCUGUUCGAGUGGAAGAAAUGGAACAUCAGAUAGCGGAUUUGCAGGAACAGGUGGACGUGGCAUUAGGUGCUGAAGAAAUGGUUGAAGUGCUUGGUGAAAAAAAAAUGGCACUGGAGGAGAAGGUCGCGGAAUUAGAAGAAGCUGUGUCGGAUUUGGAAGCUUUACAGGACAUGUCCGAUCAACUUGCCGAAUCGUCAAAAGAACUGGAAUUGGAACUGCGAGAGGAAUUGGAUAUGGCACUUGGAUCAGCUCGUGACGCUUAUCGUCAUCGCGACGCAGCUAUGGAAACAUUAGCCGACCGUGAGCUGACAAUUACUAAAUUCCGUGAGCUGACGCAUCAACUGCAGGAGCAAUGUAUGCAGUUGCAACAACGAGUACAAUCGACGGAGACCUCGAAACCUGGAAUGGGUGGAGCGGAGCAACAAUUGGCAGAGAUCUUAGACUUCCAAAAAACAUUCGCUGAGACUCGCGCGCAAACGAAGGCCGUUGAUCUUGAAUUACGACGAUUGGAAGCCGAAGAGGCUCGUAACCACGUUGCCUAUCUGUUAUCGUUUAUGCCUCCAGCGUUCCUGGCCCGCGGAGGAGACCAUGAUGCUAUCCAGACUCUUCUGCUGAUACCGAGAAUAAUCCACAAGACAGAAAUAAUCAUAUCGCAAGUCAGGGAUAAAUAUAGAUCGCUGGACAAGAUCGACAGAACGGCCGUCGUCAAGGGUCAUUCGGUGGCACAAUAUACGUUCAGAUCGCAUCUCUGCUCGUAUAUGUACGCGUUACAAACGUCCCUCGGCUGUUUCGAAUCAUCUUUGAGCGUUUGUCCUCCAGACAUGUUGCUCAAGGCUGGAGUAGCUUAUCCGGAAAUGGCCGCACAAGAAAAAUCUUUGGACUCGUUGAUAGAACUGGCUAAGAGGGAUCAAUUGGAUGAAAAUCUGCCGAUGGAGGCGAUUGAGAAGUGUUGCGCAUAUUUCUGCACCAUGUUCUCUGUUUUAUUUGGGGAGACCAUCAACCAAGGUCGCAUGGUGGUCAAUGGUACGAGAAUGUUGGACAGUUGUUGCGAUGCUAUCAUUACGAGUGCAGCAGCUGUUAAAACGUUGAUUCAAGGAGAUGGCGGUGAUAUAGGUCUCCUUUGCCAACAUGCAGAGACAACUUGUGAGGUGAUACAACAGCAUCUAAAGUCUGCUAGAAGACGCGUGCUAACCGAUCAUGCUGUUGCUCUUAAUGCCGCUGAAUUUAACUUAGGUUUAGACAAAGAUGCUAGCGAGCAGAUGUUUGGUUGUUAUCAGCAUGCGGUGAAGAUUGUGAAAACGUUCCAAACGUUGUUGAAGAAUGCCGUGCAGGCAAUUAUAUCAAAUACGGAUUUGGAUGCAGGGCUAAGUGCGGAAAAACUAAAAGAGAUGGCCGCCAUUGCCUGCGAGAAAGUUUAUGAUACAGAGGAUAUAGGGCCUGUACCUACUAUUAAGGCGAGUUUGAUAGCGAUUCAACAAUUGGCAGCCAACCUAGCACAAAAGAUGGCCGAAUGUGAGAACGAAUUGGCUAUAAGCGGACACCUGCGACAAGCACAAGGUGCUGACAAUGAACCUGUAAUGCCUAUUACCAUAAGGGCACAGACAGCGAGGAAAGAGGCCGAAGAAACCAAGGUGCUCAGUAGAAAAUUGGAAGCCAGAGAUAGUGAUAUUCGUGAAGCGAAAUUAGCUUUAAGGGAGAAACAAAAUGAGCUGUGUGAAAUGAUUCUGAGAAAAGAUGUUGCAGAAAAGAAGCUCGCAACGCAGCAGCAUGAACACGAAUUGAAUGUAGAGAAGCUGAAGAGGAAGCUGGAAGAAGCUCAGAAUCAAUUCAAACGGAAGGAAAAAGAGUUUGAGGAGACAAUGGAUCAUCUUCAGACGGAUAUCGAUAGCCUAGAAACCGAAAGAGGUCAGCUUAAAGAGAAAUUGAAAUCUAUUGGAAAGAAAUCAAUAAUGUCUGCGUCUGGUGCGGAUAAUAUCUCUGGAACCGGUACAGCGACAUCAGGAAUCCAAUCGAUGGACAAUAAAUUCUUAAUGCGAGAAAUAGGUGCCCUCAAAGAAGCAUUGAACAAUGAGAAUCGGCAGAAGAAGAAAUUAAUGUCUGACGCUUUGCGUGAGAAAUUAGAACGUUUAGAUCCCAUAACGCCUGUACCCAAACCAGGAGCUACGAACACAACAAUACAAGAGCUGAAGAAGAAAACUAACGAUCUUACCAAAGAUAUUAAACAAGCUAUGACGUUCCCAACUGUUCCUGACUUAAGACGCAAGAAAACACAGGAUGUCGAAGGACCAACGUUAGAGAAGGCAAUGCCAAUUUAUCAAUUGCUGCAUCGUCAAAUGGUUAUAAGAGAACUGAAACAACGAGUAGAUCAAUUAGUCGGCGAGGUUUGGGAGGAAAUUGUGAAAAGAACAAAGGGCGGAAUGGCUGAAGCUAAUUUUGCAGUGUUUCCAAAUCGUGAGAUGGCUGCAGCUAUGCAAGAAAAUCAAUUGUUUGCUGCAGAGAUAUCGAUUCCUCACGACGGUCCCGAACAAUAUUUCACCGUCAAUGUAGGAACACAGGAACUUAGGAAAAUUCAUUCUCUGUUAUGUUAUUAAUUUUCGUAUUUGUAUAUCCUCGGUGUGGAAGAAUGUGCUACUGCAGAGAUUACGAAGUGGAAUGCGGCUGUAGAGUAUAUUGAUUUGAUAGCCGUCUUUGUUUCAUGCUCGCUUGCACAUACUGCGGUAGACCAACAUAUUCCUAUACACUUGCGUAUACUCGGUCUAUUUUAUAUACGAGAAGCAAACGAUUGAGAGUCUUUUACAUCCGAAGAAAGGAACAAAUUAAAUCUAGUGAAGACGUAACUUUGAAGCCUGCGAAUUUAUUUAUUUCCGAUUGGCUACAGCACGAUGACUGGCGCAUCGUGGCUGGUAGACUGCAACGUUUUAUCGUAUUAUAAAUUCGAAUAAUUUCAUUAUUAUUAUUAACAAUUUGAACAGUAACGUUCGUCGUCUCUAUGGCUUUUGUAUAAUAUCUUUUACGAAUUUGUCAAAUAUACGGCUUAAAAACAUUUA